CUUCUGGUAACAAGUUUCGAAUGACCUUGGGUCUUCCAGUUGGUGCUAUCAUGAAUUGUGCUGAUAAUUCUGGAGCAAAAAAUUUGUAUAUUAUCUCCGUAAAGGGUAUCCAUGGUCGAUUGAAUCGAUUACCGGCAGCUGGUGUUGGUGAUAUGGUUAUGGCCACAGUUAAAAAAGGAAAACCAGAUUUAAGAAAAAAAGAUACAUUGCUAAGUCUUUGUCUUUUAGAUAAUGCCGGUGUUAUCGUAAACCCUAAAGGAGAAAUGAAAGGUUCCGCUAUUACUGGCCCUGUAGGAAAGGAGUGUGCCGAUCUUUGGCCACGUAUUGCCUCUUCUUCUGGAACUGUG